ACGGUUUGUCGCCAUUUUGAGAAGCUGGAACUGCAAGCUGCUGUAGGACGCGAUUGUUACGCAUAAAAUCUUUAACGUUUUAAGUAUUUUUAAGUUUUCGCUGAUAAGGAUCAAUGUCUCGAUUUAAUAAUAAUCGCGGCGGCCUGGGGAUGAAUAAUUUCCAGCCACGCAGAGGCGGUGGGCCCGGCGGCCCGAUGCGGGGUGGGCUAAUGGGAAACCCAAAUUUCAGGAACCAUCCUUUUCACAAUCAGAACCAAAAUCGGAGGGGACCAAAUAACAACAUGAACAGACCGCCUAAUCAGGGUCCACACAUGACUAACCAGAAGCCACAACAGAACCAGUCUUUGCCGAUCAUCCCUCCGCCGAGUCCCGGCCCGGCUCUCACAAUGAAAGGCCCGAUGCAGCAGCAGCAGCAGCAGCAGAAACCGGCACAACAACAGCAGGAGCAGCAGCGGAAACCGACAACUCCUGUGCCUCAGCCGAAGAUAGACUCACCUCCACCGAAGCCUAACAUCACAUCCCCGCAACCUAACCAGGCAAACAAGAACCAGCAGCUUAAGUCACCGGUAGGAAAUGCUAACGGACAGCAGCAGAAGCAGCCUCCACACCCGAAGUCGGGACCACAGCAAGGGCAGAAAACGAGCCCUCAACAAAGCCAGAAGACUGGUCCUCAACAAGGCCAGAGGACAGGGCCUCAACAAGGCCAGAGAGCAGGGCCACCGGCAAUGAAGCCUAGACAGGACCGAGAGGAGCCCGGGAAAAUGGCCACAGGCGGCCCUGCAGCGGAGUCAGACGGGGGCCAGUCAAAGGAGUUUAGGGCUACACUGUCCAUGUUGCUGAAACCUGGUGAGAAGACGUACACACAGCGGUGUCGUCUGUUUAUCGGUAACCUGCCCAACGACAUCACAGAAGAUGAUUUCAAGAAGCUGUUCGCAAAAUAUGGGGAGCCCAGUGAGGUCUUCAUCAACAAAAGCAAAGGCUUUGGUUUUAUCAGAUUGGAGUCCCGUGCACUAGCAGAGAUCGCAAAAGCAGAGUUGGAUGACACACCGAUGAAAGGCAGACCCCUACGUGUUCGAUUUGCCACACACUCUGCAGCUUUGUCUGUGAAGAAUCUGUCUCCAUUUGUUUCCAAUGAGCUCCUGGAAGAAGCUUUUUCACAGUUUGGAAUGGUUGAGAGGGCCAUAGUCAUUGUAGAUGAUCGUGGGCGCUCCACAGGCAAGGGUAUUGUUGAGUUUGCCUCCAAACCUGCUGCCAGAAAGGCGCUGGAUCGGUGCAAUGAGGGUGUCUUCCUUCUCACCACGUCACCCCGGCCUGUUAUUGUCGAGCCUCUGGAACAGUUUGAUGAUGAAGAUGGUCUUCCUGAGAAACUGGCACAGAAGAAUCCCAGAUACCAAGCAGAGCGAGAGGAGCCGCCCCGUUUUGCUCGUCCAGGCACUUUUGAGUUUGAGUACUCCAAACGGUGGAAGUCCCUGGAUGAAAUGGAGAAGCAACAGAGGCAACAGGUUGAGAAGAACAUGCUCGAGGCCCGUGAAAAGCUAGAGAGUGAAAUGGAGGAUGCGUACCACGAGCACCAGGCCAACCUGCUCCGACAAGAUCUGCUGAGACGCCAAGAGGAACUACGGCGUAUGGAGGAGCUGCACAGUCAGGAGAUGCAAAAGAGAAAGGAGAUGCAGCUCAGACAAGAAGAAGAGCGUCGCAGACGAGAGGAGGAGAUGCUUCGCAAGAGGGAGAUGGAGGAACAGAUGCGCCGCCAGCGUGAGGAGAACUACAGGAUGGGCAACUUCAUGGAUAGGGACAGGGAAAUGAGAAUGAACCCCGGUGGAGGUUUGGGAAUGGGUGAUAUGUCAUUUGGUGGAUCCAACCAGAAGUUCCCCAUGGGUGGAAUGGGCUUUGAGGCACAGCAGGGAAUGGGACCAUCUCCAGGAGGCUUGAUGGGCAACGAAAUGCGUAAUGAGCGCUUCACCCAGGGUGGUCCUAGGGGAAUGGGUCCUGGUAACCCCGGUUACAACAGGGGACGUGAGGAGUUUGAUGGUCCUUCUAAGAAACCCCGUUUUUAAACGCUGCUCUUUGAUGCUCCCAGCAGCACCAUUUGUAUAGAUUCUCCAAAACAAACAUGAUUCUCUUGUAUUUAAGUUUAAAUUGUUGCUACACUUAAGCCUAACAAUUUAAUCCUUUUAUGACAAAGUCAAUAUUUUCAUUUUUUUAUUUUGUAUUGUCAGUAGUAUGGAAAGAUAGGUCACCCUCGUGUGGUCCAUUAGUUCUUUCUGACCCAUGUAUAAUUUUCUUUUCUAGAUGUAUUAUGCUCUGUGAGUCGCCGUGAAGUGAUAAUUGUAACAUUUUUCUCAACUUUCUAUGGCUGUGUUUGUGCCAUACAUUUGGAGUCAAAGCAUGUAUUAUAAUAAAGAGACAUUGGUUCUAUCAGGACAAACCUUUAACAUUUAUUCCUAAAAACUGAAACGUACAGUGUGCUCAAGAAGCAACCAAACCAAAUUGGUUGUCUGCACCACUGAAGUAAUGUGGAUAAAUCUGCCACAUUAGGUCUUAAAGGGUCUAUGUGUUAUCUCUGCCACAGUCCUGACCUUCAGUCAGUGAUGCGUGUAACAGUCUAAAAAAAACAAUGCAUGGCCCUCACCUAUAGCAUGUGUUCUCUGAAAAUGCCUCACCCAUCCUUUGCUACAUUAUGUUCUUCUUAACAAAUUCAGAUAACUGGGUGACACCAGUCACAGUCUGUAUUGUUAAUAUAAGUACUCUGUCAAAGAUUAUUAUAGCUUUCAUUAAGGAGUUAGGUGUAGAUGUAAGUCCUAUAGGAUGGCAUGACAUUAGAUAUGUACGAAAUCUAUAGACAAGCUGGAACCCAGCACUUUCAGUUGUGCUUUACAGGACACUUGCUUCAUUCUGCAUUCGUAUUAGACAAUUUUGUACUCUACAAUCAUUAACAAGUAACUCUGCUUUUACCGUCAAGCUUCAGGAAAGCAGAAAUAUGACACAUAGAGCCUUUAAGAAAGCCGGUGGUAUUAGUGUUUGUGUGUGGUUGUGGGUAGCCUUAUAAGCAACUUACUGCUCAUAUCAGGUACUUAGUUUGUCACUGACACACAGCCCACGUUAGUGUGUAUUGCGUUUGGAGGCUGGGGUUAUUGACUACGUUUACAUGCAAUAAUACUAAUGCUAAUUCUGAACUGUUCAGUCCUCAUUGAUGGACAGAUGACAUAGAACCUGCACUUCAGUGUUUCUGCCGUCUCGGGAGCUGGAGUACAUUUUUAAAUUGUGCUGAGAUUGGGAAUGACAAUGGAGAACCAGUUUCAAAUUGUCCAAUCCAUCGGAAUUGCAUGCCUCCAGGAUUAGCAAUUUUAAUUUUAGCAAUGCAACCAUGUUUUCCUGACAGCUGUAUUGCAGAACUAUGACGUCAAACUCUUGUAUCUACGCUACUUGAAACAAGAGGUAAAUAGAGAGGAAGAAACAGAGUGGCUUCAUUUCACAAAGAAAGAUGAUAAUAAUGCUAGUUGUAAUGUCUGUAAAAUGAUCAUUUCAAGUAAGUGUGGAAGCACCAGCACUAUGCAGAAACAUUUUUUCUGCACAACGUGGUCUUAAAUCCUGGAAUGCAUCGAUUUGACACUUGUUGCUUGGUUGGGAAGCACUGACACUCAUCCAUCAAGUCUGUUACUGAGGGUAAAAUUAACUAAUUAGAUUAGUGCCAUGCAGGCAGGCUUAGCAGACUUUUUCUUAAGUUAGGAAAACUUAAAUGAAAAUGGAUGCUGUAUAAAAAAGCAGAAUUGAUAAUGGCAUUGGUACCAGUAAUGAGCUCAUCAAUUCCCAUCCCUUGAUGACAUCCCAUCCAUUUACAAAACCAACCGGUUUGCUACUACGCUGUGUGUGUAAAGCUUUUGAUGAGCCGAGUUGGCAGUGUGACCGGUAUAUAAGACAGCUCCUGCGCAAAAGUGCCUUAGUGUGUAGAUGUUAGCCAUGUGCUAAAAAGUAUAAUGGCCCAUAGCCUGUUUAUACUGCAGCCACUUAUUGCAAUGAGGAUAAAACCAUCUUACGUUUGUUACUGAGUUACAGACUUGACAAAACCUGCAUGUAAACGUAGUCAUUCAGUAUAGAUAAGAAUUUUUGUGUAGAACAGAUUUUUGUGUGUUAAAGGAACACACAAGGAAGUCUUUACAGAUGUAAUUAAGUAUUUCAUCUGAGUUGAAUAUCCAUACCAUAACAACUAUUUGUUGGCAUGGGUAAAUCUGCCUUUUGCAUGACUGGCAAGAGGCUCUGUUGGAUGCAUGUAACAUGCAUUGUCAGUUUUGAAAGCAUAGCAUGAACUUCUAAUCUAUGGAUGAAAAGUGAACCACCAACCACCUAAUUCUAAUUGAUUUUUUAAUAUUUUCAAUUUUUGUUACUGUUAAUUUCAUUUUGAAUAUACAUAUAUUUUAAUGACAUCAAUGUAACAUGAGUCUGCAGACAGCCAUUGUUGGACUUAGAAAACAGAUAUAAAAUAAACUUGAACAAGUUGUACUUCACUGACAAAGCAUUCAUUGUGCUUGACCUGGAAGAAGUCAAGAAAUCCAGAGUUUGCUCCGUGGCCUGGCUUUCAGGUUUCAUAUUGAUAUGACUCGUACUGCUGCAGAAUAUAUUCUGUCUCUGCUGCACCUUUUCCUCUUUUUGUUACUGACAAGACAUGUUGACAUUUCACUGCCUCCAGUUCGUGAAUUACCUUUCACAGCUUGUUACCCCACAGGUCAGUCAGUUAUAUUGGUCUGAUAUGAUUUUGCCCUGUAAAUUCUUAUUUAAUGUGUACUGUGUUGCACAGAUACAUUGUGUGGCUGAAAGUUCCUUCGGCUUCUUCUGUGGUUUAACUGAUGGCAAUAGACUUAGUGUGUUUCCUGGGUGCAGCUGGGACUCACAGUACAGCCCAUUUUUGUUAUUUAUCCCAAAUCAGGCUUCUGCCCUUGGACCAGGCCCUUUCUGCAUUUCAGAAGAAAACCUGCGUUAAGCAAUUGUUUCAUUAAUGUCAAAUGUGGCAAUAUUACAAGACGCAAGAGCUCACCAACGGAAUCAAAACAAAAUACUGAACAUGAACAACCUAAACCCUCAAAACUGGCACCAUAAUGUUUGGUAUUAGUUACCUUGAGAUAGUCAAAGUACCAAAUCUGUGCUUUGAAUUUUGAAAGUGGGCUGCCUUUUUGUUACCCUUUGGAUCACAUUUUGGAACUAAACGCUGUAAAGUGAUCAAAUGCCUGCUAUAUAAAGAAGCUGUACCUGUUAAACAUUUUCUGUAAUUAUGAAAGAGAAAUUCAUUAAGCUCCCCUUGCAAUUGAAAUUCACAUUUUCCCCCUGCUGCCUGCUCUAAUCUUGUCAGUACCUGUUUUGAGGUAGUCUGACAUCACUUGGCAUCAAAUGGAAACUGGCUUGCCUCAGCAAGCAUUUCUGAGUUGUUUGGUAGGAGGGGUUGGGCUGUGUAAGUAUUAAUUCCAACUUGUAUAACAAGUAUAAUUGUUGCACUUCCCUGCCUUUUUGUUAUGAAAAUGGAGAGUAUGUUGCGAGAUGAAGCAGGACAUACUUUUCCUUGCACUGUUUUAUGCUGCAAUUCUGUGGACUAUUGAAGGUAUUAUUGACAUUACGUGUAGUGAACAAAAGUGUCCAUACCACAGUGUAGCUUCUGAUACUACUUCAUAGUACUUUAUAAUGCUUAGAUUUUCAAGAUGUAUAAGAAAAAAUUACUUUUUGCCUUGCCUUUGCAGACAUUGUCUGUCCAGUGUUUGGACAACAUUUAGACCUGUAACAGGAUGACUGCAAUGCAUCCUAUGUUCUUUUAAUUUGUCAAAUAGCCAAAGACUACCAAAACAACGGAGUAUGUAAGACAUCAAGAAACUUGUAAAAUUAGUUUGUGGUAUUCCUCUUAUGCACAGUAUGACAAUGCACUCUGCACAAUACCUGAAAUUUCAAUCCAUUUAUAAAAGUUUCUCAAGAAAAUCUUCCCCCUUCAUGUGGCAUCUGGGAACCCUGCAAACACAUCUGAAAUGGCUGUACAACAGAGGACUACAGAUACACGGAUGAAUUUGGUAAUUGAAUUGGAUAUCAUGGAGAACUCAUCUGCAAUGUUACGUGUGUUUGUGUUAUGUACAUUUUUUUUUCUUUAACAGGUUUGACCAGCUUGAAAGAUUUUGGACUGUGAAGGAAUUUGUAGUUGCAUAGUGUGGACUCUCUCACUUAGAGGAGCUUAAACACUGGACUUGUGCAAACGACCUGAUUUAAGAUUCGCAACAAAACAGCACAUUGAGGAUCAAAAUUAUAGCCAACACAUUAGCCUUUGAGUCAGUAAAGUAUGUGAUGCAUAGAAGCAACUCUUGCCUUGUGGCAUUCCUCUUGCAUGAAACAUUUUCUAACCCUGUAGAGAAAUCUAAAUGGGUGAAACCUUCAAUGGGUAAAGACUUUUUUUGAAUGACAAGAAUAUAACUAACUUGCAGUUACAGCCUGAUGGAUUUUUGGAAAAUAUUUAAAAAUAACUUGGUGUCCUGAUGUUAAAAUAUGCUGAUCCCUAAAUCACUUCAGACGAGAUCAGAAAUUCUGUGAAGAUAUUGUGAGUACCGUAUUUCCUGAAAUACUAAUGGGGGGCCUUUAGUUACCUUCCCUGCAAAAGCUAACAGUCCUUUAUUUGAAAAAGGCUUGUAUUAGAGACAGUCCUCGAGUUUUCAUUCUCUGAUUAUUAGAAUUGGUCAAGCAUACAUCAACAAGAUUAAUUCUACAUCCAAUAUGGUGCAGAAGAAUACAUAACAUAGUAGCAAAACACCAGACAGCUGGGGUCAAAAAACAGCCAUAUUCUAUAAUGGUUAAAACUAUAACGAGCACAACAAUUAGAGUUAGCAACAUAAGCUGCCGUGUUCUGAACCGACACAUUAUUAAAAAAAUAACUAAGGCUAGUAUUUAGGAACACAAAAACGGCAAACUUGACAAACAAUAGGAAAUGUUGGUUAUUGCUGCAAUAUGUCAAUGCGAAGCCUCUUUUUGACGCUCUCCAGUUUGCCCUGUUUAACUUACAGCCUCAUGCUGCGAAUACAAACUCAACACUUUCUGUAUCUGCGUCAAAUUAAAAGCCCUCUAGUGUUGCAGUAUUCAGAAACCCAUCAUUUCUGUUAAGACUUUUAUAAAGAGUUUUAUUACAAAGCUCAUUCACUUGCAAAAUUCCAAAAUUUGUUUGUGUUGACCAUGCCCGCAGCCAUUAUUUAAGACCUGGCUUUUAUUUGACUGUCAGUUUUUAUUUGAGGAAAUGCGGUACUUACUUUUCUGAAAGUGACUGACAUCAGCGAAUAGCAACAAUUUUUAAGAAGUAUACCGCUUUUGUUAAUGUGACAGUUUCUGCUGUUUAAGACAUGCUGUAGUUACAUAGCCUAUUGUGCUUCCUGUUGUGGGAAUGGAAGUCAAUGUGGAAGGAAGGGUUCCUUUGCAGUCAGCCUUGCCCAAGUUCAGCCCUGGGGGUUAUUCCAGGUUUGAUCAUUUCUAGAUAGCUGUUUAUUUGCUCGAUGACCUGGUCAGAUCAUGAAUCCAUCUGAAAUCAUAUUUAAAAUUUUAAAAAGAUACCUUUGUAAAGAUCGAGUUUGUGAUCCUUUAUUCCUUGAAGUCUUUUUUUUUUUCACUACCAAGAUUGGUUAAGAGAAUUAGGCACAACAACAAAACCCCUUUGGAUUCACUUAUGAAGUACCCUUUUGUAAAUUGACCAUCCAGUGUCUGAAUCAGUGGAUAGCAAUGGACUGAUAUUUAGCUGGAUUUUCUGACUGAGUGUUUCCCCUGAAAGAGAUUUUGUCAUAACGUGAAUGGAAGAACUAGAGGGGAAAAAAGGCAAAAGUCAAAAGACCACCAAUUCUUUGGAGUCGGUAAGACAAUUAGAUAUUUAUUAGAAAGUGUCAAAAAUCUAAGUUGAAUAUGCAGCUAACAAAACUUUAAAUUACAAAUGUUUUAACAGAAAGUUAAUGUUAGAUAAAAUAGUAAUAUCGGACAAGUAUAUGACUGUUUUUAGGCUUAUUAAUUGCUUUGCUAGUUGAAACACUUUGAUUGAUCAGAUACGUUCUCCACACAGCAUCUGAACAUCCUGCAAAAUAGUACAAGUUCUCAUUGACUUGACCUCAGUGUAAAUUUUAAAACUUGUAAUGUUAUGUCUGUGUGUUGGUGUUGUGUACAAUUUGUUUUUCUUUAACAGGUUUGACCAUCAUUAAAGGUGUUGGACUAUAAGAAGGAACUUUCCAAACCAAGAAAUUCAAAGACUGUGUAGCUUCAGUUGGAGUGGUUUUGUUAAUGGAAAAACUCUCGAGGACCAAAUAGCACCUUUUUUAUUAUUGAUCAUGAUCUGUGGUGGCUCUAUAGCUUUGGCUGUUGCAUGGAAAGUUGAAAUAUAGUAGUAAACAUUCAGCCAUUUUUCUCCCCGAAGUAUGCAAGUUUGAAGUGGAACUGGACUUGCCAAGAACACUUAACACUAACUGGCCCCUAUGGCAGAAGACACUGACUAUGCAUUAUUGCAGUAAAAUGGGAAUCGGAGCUCUGACACCGACAUAUUUAAGAGACAUUCGUGGUAAAGAUUUGUUUAAAGCUGGUGUCAAGCACAUUUAACAGACUACAUUAACUAUGAUAGAAGUUUAGCACAGCGAUGGCCCAUAUGGUCAAGGUGAUCUGAAUAGGCAAGUUUUAAAGAAAUCUGAUGCUCACAUUAUGUUCUGUGCCAGACAUGUGGACCUAAUUGACUAGUUAACAGACAAUUGAGCUAUAUAUAUUAGAGGUCCACAACACAGAUUUCCCCUUCUACAAACACAGUUUGUGUUUGCGCUCUUUGUUUUCAUUCUUGAACCUUCACACUGUCACUGUAUUAGUAGUUCAGAACAGGGAUGUCUCUUACUGCCAACACAUUUUGACAGCGUCAGUGGAGUGAAAAUAGAAAAAGCUUUGAUGUUGACAUUUUUAAAACUCUUUAUAGUAGAGAGACUUCAACUAUGACAGAGAUUCUGAACACGAAUGCCCCUAAUGACAACACAUCUGAACUUUACGAUGUAAAAAUUUAACCAAUCUUUCUGACACGCAUUUCUUCAUAGUCAAGAUUUGUUUCAAGGACUCGAUGGCUUUUAACCCGUGCACUGCACCCCAUCGAUACCUGUGAACAAUCCCUGACCCUAAAAGCUGAUGGCAGAACUGGACUAGUAGACCUGACCAACCUCCAAUACACCAUUCUUCCUGAGGCAGGAAGUUCCAAGCACCUUAUGGUUGAAGAGGGUAUGCCGUGUUGCAGGGUUUCCGUUGGUGCCGGUCGACGUGUCCUGGAAGAUUUCAGUGUACGGGACAACUGGGAAAAAUUCCGUUCAAAUAUUAUGUGUUUAUGGAGCCUUUUUUCCUGUGUUUUUUUUGUCUGUGUGGCUAAUGGGGACAACAGUUUUUGAAAUUGGUCCAUUAUUGAGUGAGAGUGCUGCAGCCGCAAAACGGACAGGUUCAGGAUGCUCUAAGGCUUUGUUCAGACUGCUGGCAAAUCAGAUUUGUUUCUCAACAGACUGCCCGCACUGUUAUUUGCAAGUGAUCACAUCAGACAUCUAUGUCCAGACAUUACCAAACUAUCUGCAUGAGUUUCUGUGGUAAUGUUAUGUGUCAGUAACUACAGACUCUGAUUAGAUUAGGUUUAAAUUUAAUUGUCCUUUGCGAGGAAAAUUGUUUCCACCUUCCAGACAGCCCCAUAGACACACAUCAAACUCAGCAGAUAAAUACAUGGAUCCAACAACAUACACCCACCACCAGCACAUUCUCAAACGUAACAUGCACAAACAUGUUCUAUUCAGUUCUGUUGUGGCAGACGUGGCUUUCCAACAUGGAAGUAUGGAAAAAAGCGACCCCUUCUCUCGCCCUCCAAACGAUAGCGCUGUCAAGCGGUUGUGAUGUUGUCCACAGUCGCAGCAGACAAAUUUAGCGAUGAAGGAGGCUGGUAUACAUUGUGAUGCGCAUUAGUCAUUCAAGUUAAUGUUGUUGUGUCUUGCUUUGCCAGUGAGGCAAAAGACACUUUGAGAUGCAAUUUAAGUGUCCCAACUGAGAAAUCAGGUUGGAAUUGCAUUCCAGACCACCUCAAAAUGUUUCUUGGAUCUGAUAUGUAAAAAUCGGAUUUCAUGUGAGUUUUUUCCUGUCCAAAUGAUCUAAAAUCAAUCUGGGAAUGCCCAAAAACGGAUUUGGACUGACAGUCUGAAUAAGGCCUGAACGUUAGACAACAUUUUGGAAAGGAGCCCUGCAGACACACAAAAAUCAUUUUUGUUCAACCAGAAACAGCCAAUAUCACUCUUGCCAAAGCCACCAGACUUUUAUCGUCACAAAACACACAAAAGAUGCAAAAUUUAAAAAGAGUAGAGCCAGAAUUGUCACAUCUAGCUCUGGAAUUAUUGUUACGAGACAGAUUUGAAUAUGUCAGACUUAAACAGAUUUUCACAGUUUAAAAAAAAAAAAAAAAAAAGACAAGGUAAUUACCGGAUAACGGAAACCCUGGCGUGCUGUGCCUGUGUGGUUGUGUGUGUGUUUCAUGUCUUUGGGUCAAUGAGAAGUGUGUUAGCUGCUGUGAGCCAGCUUGUCAAAGACAGGCUGCCCCAGUCCACAGUAGAGGCUCCUCUCUGCAGUUGGGUUACAUUGACGAUGAGUAGUUCUGCAGAAGUCAGUGGACAGUAAAGCCUGGACAUGUUUGCACUGCAGCCAGAGGUAUGCUUACACAGAUCAGCUGAACAAGUAAGGUAAGUGUUCCAUCCAUGUUUAUAAUGCAAGAUGCACAGUUGUCCCAUAACUUGACUCUUCUCUCUGUCCUCUCUUAUUCCAUGUCACUGCUUACAGUGACGUUACAGGGGUUCUGGCAUCACACUUACAAAGAAUGGCAUCACAGUGCAGAUCUCUGUUCUUCAACCUUGUUGUGUGUGGAUGUUGCAAAGCAUUGUAGCCUGUGCAGUGUAUGUGUGUGGUGGUAGUAUGUACGCAUGAAAGGAGCAAUGUAUCGACGGCCGAGUCACUAGUUCAACACGACAGUUUCUAACCGCAGAUGUGGAACAAACACCUGAAAUUUGACACACUGUCAUAUUUUGGGAACACUGAAAGUCACAAGAAGGACGUCCUGUUUUUAUUUUCUGGCAUUGCUUGAAGUAUAGAAGCAAAAUGGAAAAUUUAAGCAUCAGAAAAUCCAAGUCUCGGACCAACUGUACAAGAUAUUUCAGUUGUAUUCCCUUUGUUCAGCUUGUGCUGAUUUCUAAUGUGAUCUGUUGCUUUUAAACUUUUUCUGCCAUACUUGUAAUAGCAAUAGGCAGGUUGUGUGCACCAAUGAACAGAAAAAUAGUCCAAUGCAAACCUUAUGGAAUGGCAUUUUCAAUUUUAAUGCUCUAUGAAAGCAUUAAAAGGUGGUCAUGUCUCUAUGCUGCGCCUCUUUUAUAUCGACCGUUCGGGUUUGGUACCAUUUUUUUGUAUUGGUUUAAAUUCAUUCAAACUACAUUGGGUAGUAUUUUACCCUGACAGAAACAAUGGAACAAGUGCACAUGCCAAUCUUUGGUUCACAUAAUUCGUUUUUUAUUUAGUUUUUUAGCACAGUAGUAUAGAUCACUGAACCAUGAUACAUUUCGAAAAUAAGAUUAGCACUUUUGUUUAGCACUGACUUCUGUCGACAUUGUACUGACUUUGGUAACUGACCGUCACUACUACUGACUCCCUCUGUCUCUGCUGUGAAAUGUCUCUAAAACCAGAAACAGUCCUUUUUGUGCACUGGGUUGGGAUGUGAUGCAGCUUUUGAAGUGAAACACGUCACAGACUGCUUGGGUUGUUCUGGGUGGGAUUGUAGAAAAUGAAAAUCCCUAUGUCAGACAUCCAUUUUUAUUAUCCAUCGCUCAGUGCAGUCUGUCUGUACUUUACUUAACCUUUGUGAUUUUGUGUGCUUGUGUAGAUGGGGUGUGGGGUGUGUUUUUUUUUUUUUUUUUUUUUUUUUUUGGCCUUAACAUUUAAUUACUUAAAUUUAAACAUUAUGACAAAUGUCUUUUCAGUAGAUGGCUAUGAACUCAAGAUUUUCACCUGAAGUGCCUGCACUCUGACUGUACCAGUGCAUUAUUUAUAACAGACCAAUCUUGACUGGAGAGGAAACACAAAUACAACCACAUGAGCUGGUGUUCUGAAAACAAAGAGGUCAUUUAAAACCCAAGAGGUCAUUUAAAACUCAAACCCCCCCAUUGCCACAGUUUGCAUCAGACAUAAACAUGUCUUGGAGUCGAGUCAUACUGACAUAUGCAUGUUAAGAUUUAGUUUGACUUACAUUUACCAAGGAUAUCACAUCCUGCUCUUUGUGAUGAAACGUUCAUUAAUCAGCUCAAAUCAGAAAAAAUACGUACCUCAUAACGAGGACAUGCAUUUUCAGUAUCAGAUUAAUCAAUUGAUAAUUAUCUUCUCAUUAAUGGCACAAUUUGCAACCAACAGUGUAAGUCACUGAAUCCAUUGCAAUGUUAGGCUUACUGUUGUUCCCAAAAGCACCAUGAGAACUUAAGUAAGAAAGAGUAAGGGGAUCAAAAGUCCAUUAAUGUAAACUUUUGUGUGUGUAGCACAACAGGGCAGUGCCCUUCAAGAAUACUGUUUUUCCCUUGGUUAAAACAUACCAAGGGAGAAUAGAGCGCAAACCAGGAAAAGUUAAAAUACAAAUACAGCACAUUAAAAUGUUCUUCCUCAUUUUUAAACAGUGACUACUUAACAAUAAUACUAUGACUGAACAAGAAAAAUGACAAAACCCUGCAAUAAAGUCAACAGGAUUACCAGAUAUUCCCUCAGUAAUCAGUAAAAAAAUAACUACAGAACUCUGAAAUCCCCUGCUCUAGAUGAUGGUUGUUGGCUGGAGGCUGAAGUGGUUUGUUGGACAGAAAAUGUACACAGCAACACUAUUUUAACUUCAGUUGCUGGUUACUUCACAUCCUGCAGCAGUCGGUGGUUUUGUGUGGAGGGAAAUGGGAAGAUGCAGUUCCUCUGAGAAUAAACUUCUGCAGUAGUGCUCGACUCUUGCUUUUCUUUCCUUUCCUCUCAGUACCUCAUACUACUCAUAUUUUGCCAUACUUCCGAAUAAACUUGAAUGCCCUGUCAUGCCAGUGACCCGCCAGACAUCUUGAAAAACUGCGGUACAACGCGACUGUGGCGUUUUUCCUUUUGUUUCUUGUGCGUAGGAGUUGUCAUGUAGCCGCAAAGAACCAUGGUGCUACCUGGAGUUCAUGGUUCUCACAAGCUUUGAUCAAGAGGGAACAACACUGUUUAGCCAACGCCAUGAAUCAAGCCCUUGAGGCUGUCAAGAUGUAUCUGUCUGCACUGUGAUCCAUUUUCUAACUAAAUCCUCAGUCCUGAUUGGCCAGAAUCUUUAUGUCCUGUCUGAGUGUGAUGCCAGAAUAACCCUUUUGGCCUCUCGUGGCCUCGUCUAAAAGGGCACUGCCCAAAGUCUAUAAGAAUGCCAUUAUUCAUGACCAAGUCUCCUUCUUAUGGUGUGUUUGGGGUUUUUCAGUCGCACCCCUGAUGUGUCAGUAUGAAGUCCAGCUUCACAUGGCUUUGUAACAGAAUUACCUUCCCCGAGGAUUGCGACAGAUCUGAGCGUUGUUGUCAUGAAUUUGUCUCGCUCCCGCUGCGGUUUGUAAACCAAUGAAUCUACUUCAGGAUGCUGAGAUGCCUUUCUAAAACUCUACCUGUAUAUUAACUUUAUCUCACAUUUCAUACAACAUACUUCUUAUCCUCACAUUGACACACACAUAUGAAAGUUAUUUACAUAUGAUGCAUGUUCACAUUAUAACACCAUAACCUUUUUUUCCCAAUUAAAACGUGUUCGGCUUUCAUUUAGAGUCACUGCCCAAACAAACACAUGCACUCGCACAACACACAUACUCAUUGAUGCACAUGCUGCCAUUUUUUUGUCUUUUGUAAGGAUGGCAACCUCAAUAGCGACGGCAUUAAAAAACAAAUGAAUAAUGGCAGAAACCUGCUGAUAGUUCAUUACCAGGCUCUCAUUGUGUGUCUCUCGCCACAGGAGCCUCGACCAGUCGAAGGAGGCUGAAAAUCCACGAUGAUAAACCAUGGUAAAAUGAAGACUGAUGUCUGAUAAUCCUGAGCUGUGAGGAGACCCAGCAGCUGCUCUGUGGUGGUGCCGGGCUGACUUCCAUAGCUGCAGGCGGUGAAGCCGAUGCUUCCAGGAGGCAUCCAGCAGAAGAGAAGCAGCCAGAGUCCAGAGGAGAUCUUUGCUUUUUUUUUCCUUUUGAACUUUUAAUAAUAAAUGAUGUAAACCUGA